AUGGCCACCAAGCAAAUGAAAGGGUUGAAUUCCUUCAUCAUGGACUUGAGAAAUAGCCGAGAUGUUGAACAGGAAAACAAAAGAAUCAACCUCGAGAUCAAUAACAUCCAAUCUAAAUUUAAACAUCACUAUGCAUCCAAUGAAGUAAGCACCAAUACCAAUUCCAAUGGCAAGGACGAUAUCUCCCUUUCAGGGUACCAGAAGAAAAAGUAUAUUUGUAAAUUGAUCUAUAUAUACCUCCUAGGAUACUCUGAAGCAACAAACUUUGGAGUUAGGGAACCAUUGAACCUUGUAGCAUCUACCGUCUACUCCGAGAAACAGACCGGAUACUUGGCUCUAUCCAUUUUGUUCAAAAGAUCUCCCACAAGUUCGCUCAAAGAACACUUAAAUGAUUUGAUGGAUGUCAUGAACGGCUCAUUGUUGAGAGAUUUACAAUCGAAUAAUGAGGACUUCAAUUGUUUGGCCUUACAUUUCAUUUCUUCUAAUUUCAAUAUCGACAAUGAAAGAAUUGACACCGAGGGUUCGUCUAAGAUACACAUAGUUGACGACCAGGAUGACAACGCCCGUCAAUGGUUGGAGCUCACUGAUUUGGUGUUUUCGUUUGCAACUUCUCCCAUAGUUGCCAAACAUACCAGGAAGAAGGCUGUGCUUGCCUUGCACGUUCUCUUUAAGCUUUAUCCCGGAGUUAUCAUUAGUAACAGCAAUUGGGUUCCCCGUAUACUUUCGCUACUUGAAGAAAAUGAAGAUCUAGGGCUAUUGACUUCAUCAAUCCCUCUUAUUGAGUUUAUAACGACAUCCAUUAGUGCCAAAUAUGCUAAGUCCACGAUGUCUUCGAUAGCAAGAUACCUUCAUCGCUUGCUCAUUGAAGAUGCAUGUCCCAAAGAAUACUACUACUAUUCUGUUCCAGCUCCAUGGUUACUAGUUAAACUUCUUUCAUUGGUAGAACUGUUAUUUUUGUUGGUCGAUGAAAAAACGGGGAACACUGUUUUGACAUUGACUGACUUGGACCUGACCACGAUCGGCAACUUAAGACUGGUAAUUUCCAGAUCAAUCCAAAACUCUUCUCAGCCUGUAAAAGGCUUACCUAAAAAGAAUUCAAACAGUAGUAUCCUCUUCCAAGCAGUGUCGUUGGUUAUCUUCUUAAAUGCAUCGAACGAGGCGGUAAAGGGCGCAGUGAACGCGUUAAUUUACUUGUUGGAUUCACACGAAACUAAUACAAGAUAUUUGUCAUUGGAUGCAUUAAUCAAGCUCAUUGGUAGAGGAUCAAUCUCAGAUGUUGGUAAUGUUUUUUUCACCAAUGAAUUCAAUAUUUUGAUUCCUAAACUUUUUCACUUAUUAAGUAGAGACAAAGAUGUGUCUAUAAAGAGAAAGACGUUGGAUUUAUUAUACACUCUCUGCAAUGGGUCCAAUUAUAUCAAUAUUAUUAAUGGUAUCUUGGAGUUUUAUCCUCAUUGUGAGUAUUCAUUGAAAGGUGAAGUUGCCAUUAAAGUUGCGGUAUUAAGUGAAAAAUAUGCAACUGAACUGACGUGGUAUGUCACUACCAUGUUAAAUUUGAUCUCUCAGGGAACCUCAGCAGCUGCAAGCACGAGCACCAAUAGCCACGGCAGUAGUACACAGAUCGGAAAUGAAGUGUGGGAAAGAAUUGUUCAAAUCAUUGUAAAUAAUGAAGAACUUCAAGCUCAAAGUUGUAAAAAAAUAAUUUCUUUAUGCAACAAGUCAAGUGGCAGCAAUGCAGUCUCUGAAAACAUAAUUAAAGUUGGGGGUUUUGUAUUAGGAGAGUACGGUCAUCUCAUAGUUAAUGAAAAGAGCGAUGGUGAUGAUGAUUACUCUGCAGAAAGUCAAUUUCAAAUCCUCUUUAGUGGGUAUUUUAGGUCUAGUCUUUCCACAAGAGCGAUGCUAUUAACGUCGUUUCUCAAAUUCUUUGAGAAGUACCAGGAUGAGCCUUUCAUACCCGACAUUAUAGAUCUUUUUGAAAUAUCUACGCAGUCUAUUGAUUUGGAAAUUCAGACAAGAGGAUUUGAAUACUUGAAGCUUUGUACUGCUGAUAAUCUGAAAGAAUUGUUAUCAGUAGUUACUAGGCAAUUUCCUGUCUUUGAAAAGAAGGUGAGCCCCUUAAUGUCAAGAAUUGGUAAUGUUGAAAGGAUUGUAGGUAGAAAUAGAUCAUCGUCAUUCGUCAACCCGCAUACCAUACAACAGCAGAAGUCAGCAAAGUCUCCUUCUGUAACGCCUCCGCCGGCAUCAGGUUUAACAGUCCCACCCUUAAAUGCUCCAUUCAAGGGAGUUGGACAACACAGAUCUGUUUCCACUUUAAGUUUACCCGUAACAGAAGAGAUAGACGAAGAUGAAAGUAAUGACGACGAAUUAGUUGAAAGCAGAAACCAAAAGACGUUUGAAGGAGAGGAAGAUCCAUUUCACGAUGGGGUCAAGGAAAAAGUCAUCUUAUCUCCUAAUUGGUACCAUGGAUAUCAUCGUAUGUUACAGUAUGAUGCUGGGAUCUUUUAUGAAAAUCAAUUUGUCAAGAUACUUUACAGGAUCAUUAAAGCCAAUUCCAACAUCCAGUACAAGUUCACAAUUAUUAAUAAUGCUGCCAAAACAGCAGGAACUAACCUUACAGGGUUUACAAUAUUGGAUUUGGAGAGUUCUGCUUCUAAAACAGAUCCUAAUUAUCUUAUUCAGCUAGGUAAUCAACCUGAACAGACGAUCGCUGACAAAACUACAUUUGACGUUAAUAUCAAGAUAAGAAAUAUAGUAGAAAAUGACGAGAGUCCAAUUAUUACAUUAUCAUUUAAUAGUGGAGGUUCUUUUAAUCAAUUGAAAUUAAAAUUCCCUGUUUGCUUCUUGAGAACUUUGACGUCAACAAAUCAAAUAGAAUUGGAAGAUUUCAAGAAGAGGUGGCUACAAAUUGGAGAGCAAUUGCCUGGUCCUCAAGGCGAAUGUAUUUCCAGAACACUCACAAAUUAUAGAUGUAACUCCCUGAAUGUAGUCAGAUUACUAGCUAGAUUGGGAUUUAAUGUUGUAUACAGUACUCCAGAUAAUACAGAGGCUGGAAUUUUGGUUAUGGGUGCUGGUAUUUUACAUUCACAAAAAUCAAAUUAUGGUGUAUUGGUUACAAUUAGAAGUACUGAUGAUGUUGGAAAGGAAUUUGAAAUUAUAGUACGUUGUACUGGAGGAGGGAUUUCAGAAGUGAUUAAUUCAUCCUUAAGAGAAGUUUUGGAAGGAAAAUUCUAG